CCUCCCGUUCCAUCUCUUUCCUCGCCAACCCUCCUAGCCCUACAUAGGCGUCUAUCUUAUCUGUCUCCACGUCUGAACUGUCUACUCCCUUCGCAGCCACCCCACAGAUCCUGCACAAGCUCCGUGAACGCACUAUUCGGCCGGAGAAGGAAAGCCUCGUCGCAUCGUCAUGCGAGUCUGUGAACCGCUUAGCUGAUGCGUUGCUUCUUGACGCUUGACUUUCCGCCUCUGUCUUGAUCCCGAGAUCGACUCAUUUUAUCUCAGUCUCCGUAUCUUCGUCGCCCCGAAAUAGCACGUUUCGACAAAGGUACGAUCUCCCGUGCCUUUCACGUUUUGGCCUUUAGCUUCUUGAAUCUUCCUGUUCUGUCCUUUUUUUACGUCAGCUGUGUCCGCAUCAUCUUGAAAGUUCUCGGAUCAACUUUCCUUGGAUCAUACCAUUCAUUCCUCCAAUCGUUCUUCGAAAUCCCACCACGACCUACGCCUUUCCGGCCAUAUUUAUUUGUUCUGGAUGGGUCCUCCCUUGUUUCUCAUAUAUCGUCGGCGUAUGCCGCCGUGAUCCGCUGUUGCAUUUUCCCUAACAUGCCGUUCGUUUGCAUCCUAUACGGUACACAGUUCUGAAUAACAGGUUAUAUACCGCCAUCGCUCCUUAAUUUAUCGAAACAAAGCAGUUAGCCAGGCUCUAAACCGAUUGAGGAAUCACCUCAAUAAUACUAAUCUCUAAGUGCCUAAAUUUGUCGACGGGGUCCGAAAACUUUUGACGGAAAGGGACUUCGAGAAUUAUCAUUUCCGAUAUAUAGCAAGGAUAUAUUAUAUAGAGACAACGUGUAAAAUUUUCAAAUGUGUCUAGGAAGGCCACCUCCACGAUGAUGAUGCCCGACGUUUACGAUUCUGAUGAUGCCUGCAAUACUUCCCCUCGCCUCGAACCCACAAAAAUCGACUGCAGACCCCGCGCGACUCCCCCGCCUUUCUUACAACAGCCGGACUCGCCGGGCAAGGCAAGUCCCGGGGGACGUGAUCGUAAGGAUCCUCGCCGGCGUCGCAAGGGAACCCAAUCAGCACAUGGCGAACUACUAUUACUCAGCACCUUAGCAAACCCGCAACUUGCCUACGAGCUUGGACAGAAAUCUUUGCCAACAGAUUCAACUUCCGAAUCCAGCAGCCCCGAUGACUACCGCGCUGUGGAUGAGAGGGGAAGGGCUCAGGAUAUAUCAAUGCCAGAUAUUAUUACGUCUAGCGCACGACAGACGGCCCAACAUGCCUUGGAUUUAAUUAUUGCAGACGACACACCAGCAGAGCCCCAAAGAUCAGGCGCCAAGAUAGAAAGGACGUUUGGCGAGGAACUGCGGGCACCAUCGCGGCCGCCAAAUUUCCUAGAGCCCCAGGCGCCUCCCCAACAUCUACAGUGUCCCAUGGUUGCGUCUCCCAUGGAUAAGGAUAUCGCGAAAUGCCCUUUCGUCAAAAAGCUACCGAUAUCGAUACCGGAAUCGCACCCACGUUUGCGCGUCAACGAAUCAUUGGCAACCUCUCCUACGCUAAGAAAAUAUACGAUAUCCACGUCAGACUACGCUGCGGGGGAAACACUUCCCGCGUUACAGUCUCGACCUGAGCCUACCUCCGCAAAGCCUCCUGAAAACAGUCAGAAUCUCCCAUCAAUAGAAGAUGCAUUGAAUGGUCAUCUUGGCCCAAUAAAUAGCGUUCCGCAUUUAUAUUCGCCUGGCGCAGUGCCAGCCCCCUCGCAGCCACGAAACAUACAAGAACAUCCGCCUCGUCGUCCUUCCGAACAGUACAUUCCCCCUCCUCUCACAACACCAUCAUCGUCGUUUCUCUCCCCAGAAAGCUCAAGAGACAUGUCUGCUAGUCUAUCACCAGUGGCUUGCCAGCCUCAGCACUCAUAUUGGCAACAGACAAUGGACAAGGGAAUGUCCUACUCACAUUCUCCAGGAGACCACGGCUCACAAUUUACCAGCAGCCCGAGCACUGGCUACCCAACACCAGUAGAGCUUGGGAAAAGCGGUUCCUACGACUCUCCCCCAAUUCACCCAAGCGGACAUACGUCAUCCAAUGGACCACUUAAUUCAUCCGGCUUCAAGUGCAAUUAUCCAGAUUGCAAAGCUGAGCCGUUUCAAACGCAAUACCUUCUCAACUGUCCGCGUGGUGAAGGUGGCAAGGGCUUCAAGCGCAAGAACGAAAUGAAGCGCCAUGGCCUUGUGCAUGACUCGCCGGGUUAUGUAUGCCCAUUCUGCCCAGAUCAGCAGCACACCUAUCCGCGCCCGGAUAAUCUACAGAGACAUGUCCGGGUACACCAUGUAGAUAAGGACCGUGAAGACCCUGAACUAAGACAAGUCCUUGCUCAACGACCAGAAGGCGGUAUGCGGGGCAGACGACGACGCAACGGAGCUCAGUAA